AAAAUGGGCAGAUUUACAUAGAAAAUUUAAACUUUUUAAAGACUAUUGAACUUAAAGAAAUAGUUUUUGAUAUAUUAUCCUUACAUCAUUGACACAUUUUUGUGACGAAAGUCGCGAUAGGCAGCACUUUCUGAUGGAAGUGACAAUAGCCCGUAGUGCCUGUAAACGCAGCAUGUAGGCGAGGUUAGCAGCACGCUUAGGUAGGACGGUUGGAAAAAUGCGGUAGUAGUUUUACACGUUUUGGCUUUUAGUUACUUUAAAUUAUUCUGCUGUCCUGUGACUUAUCGUGUAGUUUUAUAUCUGGCUUGCAAUGUAUUCAACUAAAUAAUAUAGCCUUUUUUUUUUUUUAACCGACAUUGUCCUACACUAGCUACACGUGUGUCCGUGUCAAAAUUUUAUCUUCCAUAUUUAUCUACAUUUUUUGUCUUUUUCAUUACUUUUUCUUCAUUUACAGCUCUUUGCCGCUCACUGGCUUACAGAUGGAGAAGCAGCAGGCAGAGGCUGAGACUCACUGUGAAGAAGAUAACCAAGAUGCCUCUGAGCCCGAAGCUAGAGCAGGCUGGAACAAUAAAAUCGAGUACUUUUUGGCUCAGGUGGGGUUCAGCGUCGGGCUCGGCAACGUCUGGAGGUUUCCGUAUCUGUGCCAUCAAAAUGGAGGCGGUUCGUUUUUGUUGCUAUAUGUGCUGAUGCUGCUGAUAGUGGGUAUUCCCUUGUUCUUCAUGGAGCUCGCAGCCGGUCAGGCUAUCAGACAAGGAAGCAUUGGAGUAUGGAAGUACAUCUCCCCCAGACUGGUAGGAAUUGGCUACUCCAGCUGUGUGGUGUGCUUUUUUGUGGCUCUCUACUACAAUGUCAUCCUCGCAUGGAGCCUUUUCUACCUCGGCAACUCAUUUCAGUCCCCUUUACCUUGGACGACGUGUCCAGAGAAGACAAACGAAACCGUUUACAAAUGUGAGGACAACUCCACUACGUCCUACUUUUGGUACCGGAAAGCCUUGGAUGUCACCAACAACAUAAAUGAAAUGGGCUCCUUCAACCCAUACGUUGUCGGCUGCCUGCUGGCUGCCUGGGCCAUUGUGUGCUUGGGAAUGUUCAAGGGGAUCAAGAGCUCAGUCAAGGUGAUGUAUUUUUCUUCCAUCUUUCCUUACGUGGUUCUGAUCUGCUUCCUCGUACGAGGUCUUCUCCUAGAAGGAGCCUGGGAAGGAAUCACUUUCAUGUUCUAUCCCAAGCUGGAGAUCUGGGGAAACAUACAGGUGUGGCGCCAGGCGGCCACGCAGGUCUUCUUCGCCUUGGGCUUGGGCUUCGGUUCCAUCAUCGCUUAUUCUUCCUACAACCCCAAAAGCAACAAUUGCCACCGGGACGCCUACACUGUCUCGUUUAUCAAUUUCUUCACCUCGGUGCUGGCCACCCUGGUGGUGUUCGCUGUGCUCGGUUUCCGCGCCAACAAGAUUGUGGCUGAGUGCGUAGUGAGAAAUGUUAACCUGCUGUUGACAGAGGCCCAAAAAGGGUCCAUGGACCCAAGCACAAUGCCGGUAUUUAACCACUCCGACACCGGUUCUUUGAGUCUGGAGGCAUACCGGAACUGGUUCAAAGUACACGGAAGUCACGGCCCGGUGAACUUUACUGACUGCGAUUUAGAAACUGAGAUGCAGAAGGGUGUACAAGGGACAGGCCUGGUUUUCAUCGUCUUCACCGAGGCCAUGUCCUUGUUGCCCGGCAGCCCGUUCUGGUCGGCGCUGUUCUUCCUCAUGCUUCUCAAUUUGGGCCUCAGCACCAUGUUUGGCACUAUGGAAGGCAUCCUCACCCCGCUCACUGACCGUUUCAAGACUCUGGCCAACAAUAAGACCAAACUCACAGUUUUCGGCUGCCUGGUCGGUUUCCUGAUCGGCCUGCUCUUCACUCAGCGCUGUGGGAACUACUUCGUCAUGAUGUUUGAUGAUUACUCAGCCACUUUGCCGCUCAUUAUUGUGGUCGUCUUUGAGAACUUCAGCGUUUCUUGGUUGUAUGGAGCUGACCGGUUCUUAGACGACAUAGAAGCAAUGCUCGGUUGGCGCCCAUCGGUGGCCUACAAGUACCUAUGGAAAUAUAUUUGUCAGCUAGCCAUGUUGGCUCUACUCGCAGCCACAACCAUCCGAAUGUUCAUGAAAGCACCGACUUACAUGGUUUGGAAUGAAGACAAGCGUUCAGAGCUUCCCGUACCGUAUCCCGGCUGGGCUCUGGCUGUCUUGGCGUUACUCAUCAUAUUUGCCAUGUUGCCCGUCCCAUUGGGCUUCUUCUACACUCUUGUGCGGGACAAAAUAUCAUCGGAUCAGUACACAAUUGUGAGCACAAAGUCGGAAACCCCCAUGACAGAAAUUGCACCUUCCAGCCAAUGGAAUGAAGACGCACGUUCAGCCUAAAUCAGGGGUGUCAAACUGAUUUUUGUCACGGGCCACAUUAUUUUUAUGGUUUCCAUCAGAGGGCUGUUUUAUGUGCCAACCAGGGCCGAAUCAACUCGAGAAUCCUCUAAAUGACUAUUAAUUGAUUUUGAAAGUUGUUCCGUCCUUUAGACUUUUUUUAAACCUAAAAUUUCUCUAAAUCCAUUGUUUUUCAGCCUCACAAUCAGAGGUGGGUAGUAACGCGUUACAUUUACUCCGUUACAUUUACUUGAAUAACCUUUUCUUAGAGUAGUUUCACCACACAAUACUUUUUACUUGAGUAGAUUUUGUGAAGGAGAAACACUACUCUUACUAGAGGUGGGAAUCUUGGGGCACCUAACGAUUCGAUUACGAUUCAGAGGCUACUAUUCGAUUGUAAAUCGAUUAUUGAUCCACCCCCACCCCACCUCAGCUAUUAGCUGCUUUUAAUGCUUCGUACAUUAGUUACAAAAAUUGUACUAAAAUCCUCUCAGGCUUAAAUAAACUAGUAUUUCCAUAUCAAGUUAAUAGUUGAAAACAGUAAAUAAAAUACUCAAGUCCCCAUUCUGUAUCAGCAGCUUUAAACUACAUUCAAUUAAUUUAAUGUUGUGAAUCAACCGUUAAAGUUGUUAAAAUUGCUCCCGUUGUUCCAUAAUUUCCCUUCUAUCUACUUUCAACAUGUGAAAGUAUUAAAACUGUUUUAAAUAUAGAUCCAAGUCAAGAUUUUGCCGAUUUAGGAGUAUUUUGGAUAAAAAGUUAAUUAGGUUCGCUUGGAAUGUUCGCUACAACUACUACUUCUGCUUUAAGAUGGCGGCUGUUCACUAACGCCGGCAAGUCUGUCAUUUUGCAUCUAGUUUUCUAUACAUGUGUUGCUAACGCCACCGAGUCUGUCAUUUCGCAUCUGGUUCUAUAUACAUGUGAUAUCUACCGUAGCAUUAUGUGGACGUAAUUUGUAGCGGCUGUCGGCAGCGGUCAGGUAUUAUUGUUUUUUUUGGUUUUUUUUUAUCGAGUGGCAUGAGUUGAGCCAGAGCUGUGAGUUGAGCUUAUUACGAGGGUAAUAACAAGCAUAAUGUUUACUCUCAGUCCGUUCCUCAUUGCGUCCCGAAGACCCUGCUGACUGUGUUUUAGUUCCGCUUUAUUUGAGAUAUUUCAAUAAUCGGACUUUGGAUGUUUGAGAAUCGUUCUCAAAUCUUCCACGGCCGAACCGCGAAUAAUCUAAGAAUCGGAAAUUUCGCACGCCUCUAGUCGCAAUAAUAUGCUUCAAUUCAGUGCCCAUUGGUGGUCCUCCUGUCGUGGAUUGCACGGAGCUGGGUGUAAGUAAAGAGCUCGUCUUCCGCCUAAAAUCUCUGCUCAGCCAGAAGCAGGGCUGGCCCCUCCCACCUUAAUGCCUAGCGAUCCGGAGUAUAUAAAAAUGAUUAGGGGAAAAUUAAACCACAAAAAUGAACUACGUGGAACCUCAAGUGAUCGAUGUGCGCAAUCAGUUUGACUUCCACGACUUUUUCGCCUGUCAAACUUGGUUGCAGUUUUACACUUCCAGGAAAUAUGUGCAGUGCCACACCAUGAUUCUAUUUGUUAUUUUCCAAGUAGUGAGUGCGCAAUUGUAACAUAGUAAGUGACGAUGUCAGGCUUUCGAUGUUGUUUUCUAAAGAUUUAUUUCACAACUCUGCGACUAUAGACAGAUUGUUCUAUCAAAGACAACAAUUCUUUUGGCUUGAAAUACAGCAGUUUAUUUUAAAGAGGGGUGCAAGAGCAGAAACUGCUUUUUCAGUCUUGUCUCUGUUUUCCGCCAUAUUUUUAUACUCAGUACAUACACACACACACGCACACACUGUAUGGCUGUCUUGGAAUCAUACUUUAAAAUUUGUUGGGGUUUUUUGGCUCUCAUUGGUCAAAAAGGUUCACGACCCCUGAUAUAGUUGUGCUGAGAAAAAAAAAAAAAUCAGACAUUGUAAGGAGUUAUUCGCAAUAUUACUCAUUACUUGAGUAUUCAUUUAAUACUUUUUUACUUGAGUACAUUUUUGGAUGACAACUUAUACUUGAGUAAUAUUUAGAAGUCACGCUACUCUUGAGUAAAAAUUUUGGCUACUUAACCCACCUCUGCUCACAAUAGCAGAUAUUUUCUCAUUAAUUGUUCAUUUUCAAUUCAAAUUUGUAUUUACAUAUUCUUCAGUAAAAAAGGAAAUCAAUAUUCUUAGAUUAUAUGUUUUUCCCUUUUAAAGUUUUCGGUUUAAAAUGUUACUAUUGCCUUAUUUCUGUAGUCUUCGAUUGUUCAUUUAGGACUACAGAAACUUGCCGGCCACUUAAAAUGAGUAGCUUGACACCUGUGAUCUCAGUGAUUGCGAAUUCCGGAUCUCCUCGUUAACUUAUGAGUUUGUUUUGACGUUAUCAACUUGUUCUUUACUAUUGACGGUGAUAGACGUCCAAUCCAUUUGAGCUGGAAGUGUUGGCAGCACUCCCAGUUCAAAUGGAUCGGACGUCCAUCGUAGUCAGCGGUACUGAAACAUCAUCCAUGAUCAUUUUAAUCAUGAUAAUGUAAGUAUGUGAAUAGUUAACGUGAGCCUUUUAAACAUUUAUGAACAUAAUGCAACACAUGGACCUUAUUGAUCCAAAUGUUUACAAGUGUUUCCCAAACUUCUUCCUUAAAGAGUUCAGGGAUUUUUACUUGACGUCCAAAGAAAAAUGCUAUUUAUUUUCGAUGGUUUUUCUUGAAUCGGUUUCACUAUAUUGGUCGCAUUUUUUAUUAUUACAACAGUUUGUGAAAAUGAAUUUUGUUCAGUUUUUUAAACAUUUUGUCAUGUACAGUUUAUUUUCAAAAAAGUACAUAAAAUGGAAUGCCUUUAUGUAAUAUAUUGUUUUUAUGAACAUAUUUUUCACAUUAAAACAGUUCCUUGAAAGCAAUU